AUGGAAACGGGGCCUAGUGCCGGCCUCUAAGCCCUGGGUUCAAGGCCCGAAGAUCUUUUUCGUUCCCUGAGCUUUUGCUUCUUCGGCAAUUGGGCUCCUGAGUGGGGAGGGACUGGGAAGCCCCUUGCCUUGUCCUGCUUGGUCUUGCUCAGAGCCCUAGAAAAUCGGGCAGGGUGGAGUAGCCUGGGAGGGGGGAGAAUGGGACGUUCGUGGGGGGUGGCUUCCGAAUUGAAGGAGGGGAGAUAAGAUUCAGUAUAUCGAGAGAUUGCCUUGGCCUUCUUUGGGGACAGCUUGAUCUGAGGAAGUGCUCUUAACAUGCCUCCUGGGAAGGUGAGCCACAAGCAAGCCUUGGUCCUGCAGUGUGAGUGGGACAUUUGCAGCUUUGUGGCCUCAAAGAUGGAGGAGUUCUGUGAACAUGUGUCAAAGCACUUGCAGCAGCAUCUCCAUGACAAAGAUGAGGAUGAUGAAGUGGAUUCUCUCGAAAAAUACUCCUGCCUCUGGCAGGAGUGUGGAUUCUGUUCUCCCGAGAGCCCUACAGAGCUGGCCCGCCAUGUUUACUUCCAUUGUUACCACACCAAGCUAAAGCAGUGGGGACUACACGCCUUACAGAGCCAGUCGGACCUAACCCCUUGUCAGCUGGACUUCCAGAGUCGCAACAUUAUCCCCGAGAUCCAAGAGAACUUCCUCUGCCUCUGGGAGUACUGUGAGAGAGGGUUUGAUAACCCUGAGUGGUUCUACAGGCAUGUGGAAGAUCACAGUUUCUGCACAGAGUACAAAGCAAUUGGGAAGGAGAACCACAUGUUCUUCUGUGGCUGGAAAGAUUGUGACUGCGCCUUCAAAGGCCGGUGUAAGUUGCGUGAACACCUGCGCAGCCACACACAGGAGAAGGUGGUGGCAUGUCCCACCUGCGGCGGGAUGUUCUCCAACAACACCAAGUUCUUUGACCACAUCCGCCGGCAGACAGCUUUAGAACAGCAGCGAUUCCAGUGCUCCCACUGCUCCAAGAGGUUCGCCACAGAGAGGUUGUUGCGUGAUCAUAUGAGGAAUCAUGUCAACCACUACAAGUGCCCUCUGUGUGACAUGACCUGCCCUCUGCCCUCCUCCCUGCGCAACCACAUCCGCUUCCGGCACAGCGAGGAGCGGCCCUUCAAGUGCAAUUAUUGUGACCACAGCUGUAAGAAUCUCAUUGAUCUACGGAAGCACUUGGAUACGCACAGCAAAGAGCCGGCCUACCGCUGCGAGUUCGAGUCCUGCAAUUUCAGCGCCCGGUCCCUCUGCUCCAUCAAGCUGCACUACAAGAAGGUUCAUGAGGGUGACUCGGAGCCCCGCUACAAGUGCCACGUCUGUGACAAGUGCUUCACUCGUGGGAACAACCUUACUGUGCACCUCAGGAAAAAACACCAAUUCAAGUGGCCUUCGGGUCAUCCUCGCUUCAGGUACAAGGAACACGAGGACGGCUACAUGAGGCUGCAGCUGGUGCGUUAUGAAAGCGUGGAACUGACAGAGCAGCUGCUGAAGGACCGGGAGAAGCAGGGUGAGGUCCUGGAUGAUACAGCCCAGUGUGUGGUGCUGGCGGGGGCUGAGGGCAGCCUGCAGGGCAUCAUACUGGAACCGUCAAUGGAGGAAGAUGCUGAUGUGGACUUGCAAGCUGCCACGCCCCCCCAGGGGCCUGCUCAGCCAGAAGCUGAUGCGUCGCCAGACCAAGAACCAAGUGCGCCAUCCAGCCCCAUCAUCCGCGUUGUGAACAGGACCAACGAGCGUGGGGAGAGCGAGACUGUAUACUACGUCAUGGCCAAUGCACCUUCUCAGAGCCGGGCAGCUGCGCCUAGUGGGUUUGCCACAGACCUGGAGGAGAACGUCAUGGACAGGCUUCAGAAGACAGCUGAGGAACUGGGCAUCCAGAUUGUGUGAGGCUCCUGGAUAGAGUAUCAGGUGCUUUCCACCAAUCCCAGUAGGUGGCCUGGAGUCAUGAAUGCCCUGCUUUGGCUCCCUGUGCUCCUCUAAUGCACAUUGUGAGAACCAGAUGAUGCUACCUGGAGAGGGGAGAAGGGGCCUGUUUGUUUCUCCCCACCCUUCAAGCAGUACUCCAUAGGCUCCAGACCCAACAGAUGCUUCCUCUCCUGCCAUGGGGAUCUGGUGGGUGGUCUGGCAAAAGGAAGAAGGAAGCCAGCUUCUGAGAUGGUCAGGACAGAAGGCAGGGGCUGGUUCACCUGUCAGAUACUUAGGAAGGCAAGGACAGCUGCUGCCUCUGGUGUACCCUGUGCUGUGGAGACCAUCCUGGGAAUGCAAAAUAUCAGGGCUGAGUCAAAGCAGUGGGUUUUCCAAGACUCCCGCUCCUUGCCUUGACAGUUACCAGUGCUCCUGCCAAAGUGUUUACUUUUCCUUUGGCUGCAUCCUGGCCAGCCUCGUUUCUUACUGUGAGCCCCACAUUCGGACUUUGUAGUUCUUUCGUAUGCCUCUUGCCUCUCUACUGUUGGUACCCCUGCCUUUUGAGAUGCUUUCUGUUAUCCCAUUUGCCCAGCAUAGACAGUAAUACCUGAUGCAGUCUCCGUCCCUUCCAGACUGUUCUGCAUUUGACUGUUCCAAGAGAGUUCCAGCACUGUUAUCUGUUUGCUCUGGAGUAUGAGAUUGUGAGAACCUGUUAUUCCCAGCUGCUACUCCACAGUUAGUUGCUUACUGCCUUUUUUGUCAUUGGCAUGACCUCCGCUUGCAUUAUCUUUGUAGCAUGGGAGCCACUUGGGUAACGUAGAAAGCUGCAGGCUUUCAUGUUACCUGAGCAGUGCAGGAAGCAGUGUGAUGCAGUGGCUCCCACAGCACAGAGAGGCAGAGCAGAACAAAACAGGGUGCUAAUUCUUGCCCUGAGGUCCUUCCCCCACAUUGGGGUUCCUGCUCCUGGCUUGCAAGGUUUGUGUUACAAAAAAUUAAUAAUUAAAGAACAAGAACACUACCAGGUCUUGUGGUAGACAUGAUGUUUGCUGUAAUCUGUCCUGGAGGUGCACGUGAUUGGGUCAGAUUUGAGACAGGUGGCAGUUCAAGAGCCCAAAUCCUUGAGUCAGUGGCCAGGGUGGGGUGGCCGCCACAACUGAUGAACGGCGUGGAGCUGCAUGAAGACUUGGAGAUGGGUUUGAUGGUCAUGCUUGGCAUCGUGAUUCAUUAUUACGUGGUAUCAAAUGUAGCACUAUAUGGUCAUUCUGUUAAUGCAAGCAUUCCAGCUCAUGUAAUGGAACUUCCCCCUGCUCUCGUCUUCCAGUGCCCUCCCACCAUCUGCUCUGGAGGGUUGGGGAAAACCCCAGAACAGAUCUAGGGACUGUACAGGGGGAGGAAGGUUUCACUGUGCAAAUAUAAAUCCUUGCGCUGGCGUAACAA